GUGGAGCAGGUCAACCACCCAGACCACUGCACCGCAGGCUCCAUCCCAAAGUACUCCAAAUCAAAAGAGCCGCCCGGCACAACAAGCUGCCACCUGGGGCCCCCACCACAUCCACCUCCGGCGAGGCGAUGAAGCCCAUCGCCCACUCACUCCACGCCGCCGUCGACCGCCGCUGGCUGCUCCCUCUGGCCGUUGGCUCCGCGCUCUCGCUCCUCCUCCUCGUCGCCCUCACCACCUUCCCCUCGCCCUCCGCGCCCUCCUCCUCCUCAGCGCUCUUCGUGGAGCACAAGCUCGCCCCCUCCCCGCCGUCCCCCGCCGCCUCGCUGCCCCGCAUCGCCUUCCUCAUCUCCGGAUCCGCGGGGGACGCCUCCGCGCUCCGCCGCGUCCUCCUCGCGCUCUACCACCCGAGGAACCGCUACAUCCUGCACCUCGAUGCCGAGGCGCCCGACUCCGACCGCAGCAACCUCGCCGCCGACCUCGCCUCCCACCCCGCCAUCGCCGCCGCGGCCAACGUGCGCGUCGUCGACCGCGCCAACCUCGUCACCUACCGCGGGCCCACCAUGGUCGCCAACACGCUCCACGCCGCCGCCGCCUUCUUGUGGGGCGACGGCGCCUCGCACUGGGAUUGGUUCAUCAACCUCUCCGCCUCCGAUUACCCGCUCGUCACGCAGGAUGAUCUGAUACACGUAUUCUCCAAGCUGCCGCGCGAUCUCAACUUCAUCGACCACACCAGCGACAUUGGAUGGAAGGAGUUUCAAAGGGCAAAGCCGGUCAUCAUUGAUCCAGGGCUCUACAUGAAGAAGAAAGCCGAUGUGUUCUGGAUUCCGCAGAGGCGGAGUGUGCCUACAGCAUUCAAGCUCUUCACUGGUUCUGCCUGGAUGGCACUGUCCAGGCCCUUUGUGGAAUACUGCAUAUGGGGCUGGGACAACCUACCUCGCACAGUGCUCAUGUACUACUCAAACUUCAUCUCGUCGCCGGAAGGAUACUUCCACACCGUUGUGUGCAACGCGGAGGAGUUCAAGAACACGACGGUGAACCACGACCUGCACUACAUCUCGUGGGACAACCCUCCGAAGCAGCACCCGCACUACUUGACGGCGGAGGACCUGGACCGCAUGGUCGCCAGCGACGCGCCGUUCGCCCGCAAGUUCCACGAGGACGACCCGGUGCUGGACAGGAUAGACGAGGAGAUCCUGGGCCGCGGCGCGGACGUGCCGACUCCCGGGGGCUGGUGCGCUGGGACGCGGGAGAACGGGAGCGACCCUUGCUCGGUGGUCGGAGACACCGGGCUUGUUGUGCCUGGCCGUGGAGCCGCGCGGCUGCAGCGGCUGGUCACGUCGUUGCUGUCGGAGGAGAAGUUCCACCCAAGGCAGUGCAAGUAAACCUGUGCUUCUACGUUGCUGUUGUACUACCACACCCACACUAGUCGUCUGUCUGUAGAGCCCUCCCUCCCUCCGCAUUACAUGUACUUGAUCGUCCGGCCAUGUUGUGAUCAAUAUAUUUUAGCUUAGUUUGAGCUGUCCAUGUUGUGAUGGACGCCGUCGCAGCUUGAUAGGAAUUGCUGACGACUUAUUUGUUCAGACAUCUGAAUAUCUGAACAUCUGAAUGUUCAGAUAGCAAGUGGUAGACUGGAGAUAGCAACAUUUGGAAUGGAAGGAUAUGCAUGCAUGGGUGAGAUUGAAUCUUAGGACAGAAGGAGGGAUUGUCGCCUCAACAAGGCAAGUCGUUAUCCAACGAACUAAUCAAAGGGGGAUUUGGUGGUGGGAUUGCGACU